UGACAACAUUUUCUUUCUGGCGACUGAUUCAAAGACAGUGAAAUAUGAUAAAGUCGUGCUGCUGGUGUCUGUGAACCAGGAAAUCACUGUUCUGUGCUCUGCAGUGCUGUAUCUGGCGGCGGCGUGCAGCGGCGUCCAAAUCAGUGACCUGCUCGACCGAGCCUCUCAGCGCUCUGACAAACUGCACGCGCUCAGCUCAACUCUCACCCACGACCUGGACUUUCACUUCCCUCCUAUAGGUCGGAUGAUCAUGCCCCGCCCCUCGAUGUGCCACACCUCCUCUCUGCAGACGCCCAAUGACAAGGAGCAGGCUCUGCAAGUAUCAGAGUCCGACCUGUUGUCAUUGGCUCGCUCUCUGCUGCAAGCCUGGGCCGACCCCCUGGUGGUCCUGUCCACCUCCGCUAACAGCCUGCCCCACCCGGCCCAAAGCACCAUAUCCAACAAGAUCCAGGAGCUGCAGCAGCACUCCAAGAGCCUCGAAGACGGCCUGGAUAUCCUGUCCGGGAAGGUGCGCAA